CGUCUUCAUUCAGAUGUGCCUUUCAUAUUUUUACGUCGUUUCAUCAACUAAAGCAAGAUGACAUAAUUUAUCAGGAGCAUUCAUCAAUACAUCAAAAUUUAUAUGAAUACAAUCUAAGAAUACAAUAUUUUUCUUGUCUUCACUGUUUGGAAUGUAGAGGAAGUGAUUGCCUUACAGGUUAAUUAAGGUUGGAUAACUUUACAAACGAGUUGACAAUUUCCACCUGCUGAUUUAGAUAUUAAGUAAGAUCACAGAAGAAAGAAACACAGCUUCAAAUUCUUUUCUAGAAAAAGUGGCAGAACUGAAAACAAAGAUGUUUAUAGAGAUGAAGGAAACAUUAUCAUUGUGAUAUGUAUAAUAAAUUAUUCUCUCACAAUGAAUAAAUUAACUGAAGCAAAAAACGAUGAUAUAAGAGUGAAACAAUAUUUCUGUGAUAUCUGUGGUAAGUCAUUCUCUCAAAGGUGUAACUUGACUCAUCACAAAUAUACACAUACAGGAGAAAAGCCAUAUCAUUGUGAUAUCUGUGGUAAAUCAUUCUCUCAAAGGAGUAACUUGACUAAGCACGAGCGUACACAUACAGGAGAAAAGCCUUAUGAUUGUGAUAUCUGUUGUAAAUCAUUCUCUGAUAUGAGUAACUUGACUAAGCACAGAGCAUCUCUACAGAAUUCUGGUAACAAAAGUGUUAAAGGAAAUGAAUGUAUUUAUUCUGAUAAAACAUAUAUUUUCAGAACAAUUCUAUCAGAUGAUGUGUAUAAACAAUAUCAGUAAAACAAAUCUUGGAAUCAGUCGCAGUUUAAUUUUGUAGAACUUGCAAAUUUACAAUCU